AUUCAAUACACAAUGUCUGCCGGCAAUUGGUGUCUGAUUGAAAGCGAUCCCGGUGUCUUUACUGAGCUGAUCCGUUCGAUCGGCGUCCAAGGCGUCCAAGUCGAAGAGCUCUACUCGCUCGAUGAAGGCAGUCUGAGUGUGCUUCAACCGGUUCAUGGCCUGAUCUUCUUGUUCAAGUGGCAAAAGGACCUCCAGGAGCGCAAAACGGCAGAGAACGCCUCGUCUGUCUUCUUUGCCAAUCAGGUGAUCAACAAUGCUUGCGCAACCCAGGCGAUUCUCAGUAUUCUGCUCAACACACCCGAGCUUAAUCUGGGUGAGGAGCUGACCAAUUUCAAGGCAUUCACCCAAGAUUUUACUCCCGAAUUGCGUGGCCUCGCCAUCAGCAACAGUGAGAAGAUUCGCACUGUUCACAACAGUUUUGCGCGUCCCGAAACCUUUUCGAUCGAAGAAAAGAACGCAACAGACGACGACGAUGUCUUCCACUUUGUUGCGUACAUUCACAAAGACGGUCGUCUCUGGGAGUUGGAUGGCCUCCAAGAGGGUCCAAUUAAUUUGGGCGAGGCCUCUGCUGACGACUGGCUCUUUAGGGCUGCUCCCAUCAUCCAAGCCCGCAUUGAGCGAUACUCGAGCACUGAGAUUCGGUUCAAUCUGAUGGCUGUGGUCGCCGACAAGACCGUCCAGUACACUCAAGAGCUUGCAGCUGUCGACGAACAACGUGCCAUGCUCAUGUCGCAGAUGCAGUCAGAUCAAGUGUCAGGGGAUUUGGCCGCUCUGGAUGCCCGCUCGUCCGAGCUGCAAAUGUUGCUGGCGACCGAGCAAGAAAAGAAUGAGCGUUAUCGAACGGAAAACAUUCGCCGCCGACACAAUUUCGUGCCCUUCAUUGUCAAGCUGCUUCGCUUGCUUGCCGAAAAGCAUCAACUGCAGCCGCUGAUUGCCAAGGCCAAGGAAACGGUAGCUGCAAAGAACAAGGCCAACGCUGAGAGUCGCAAAUGAGUGUUUUGUACAAACACAGUACAUAUCUUUUGAGAAAGCAACCUUCUUCUCCUGCAUUCAUCCUAUUCUCUCACAAGUAGUGACUCCGCCA